UGGGUUUCAGGUCGCAGCUCUGACGGGAGAGUGAAGCAUUACCUGCUAAGGGUGAAGAGGACCUGACAGACCAUAGCAACUGAUCAGACACAUUGAGUAUCGUUGCAAAACUGUUGAACUGUGUGGAGACUAGUUAUACUUUUAGAUAGUUUUUUGCUGCCAGAAUCUUGUAAAAGUUGCACUCAUCAAUGUCAUUUGGAUCACCUGGAGGAGCACGUUCUUUCAAAGUCUCUCCUCCUGAGAAGGGGUCGUUCCCUCUCGACCACGGUGGAGAGUGCAAGGAGUUCAUGAGGAAGUACAUGAGGUGUCUGAGAGACAAUCUUGGAGAGAACACCAAGUGCAGAGUGGAGUCCAAGGACUAUCUGGAGUGCAGGAUGAAAAAUAACCUCAUGGCCAAGGAAGAUCUUAAAAACCUCGGUUACGGAGACCUCAAACCCACAGCAGAAGCAGGCAGUUUGUAACUCUUUAAAGUACUUGACAGAAAGUGCUCGUGAAUGUCAAUCUUUAGAGAGUGAGAAAGAAUUUGCAGAUUAAAGAGUGUUGAAAAGUGCUGUCUGUUUGUAGUGUCAGACCCUCUUGCAGUUAAGAAUCAGUAAGCUGCAAAUGCUUAAGACUUAGUGUUUAAGGAAGGAUAAAGUAACAGAAACAAUGUUCCAUCCAUCACGAGGAGGGAAUCGGGGUGGGGCUGACCAGUUCACUUGGGAUGAGGUCAAGACAGACAAGCACAGAGAGAACUACCUGGGCCAUUCUGUCAUGGCACCAGUCGGUCGCUGGCAGAAAGGCAAGGACCUGACGUGGUAUGCCAAGGACAAGAAGGCCAGUGGAGCAGCAGGUAAAUCUGAAUUAGAGGCCAUUAAAAGGGCUGAAGAGGAAGCCAUGAUGGCUGCUCUUGGCCACAAGGUAGUCAAAAAACCCUCGGCUGGGCUCACAAAGGAAGAAAUGUCUGAAGUCUUCAAGAGAGGUCAAUCAGAGAGGAACCCAACAGACAUCGAGAGAGAAAAGGGCCUUGGUUUUGGAGCCUCUCGGGCUGCCAUGUCCAUGGCAACACUGGAGGACAGGGAUGCUGAGAAGCGUGGCAUGAUGCUGUUCACUCACAAACGGACAGACCCUAGUGAUACCGGGACUGCAACAAACAAGGAAGAGGAAAGCCCAAAGAAGAAGAAGAAGAUGAAAAAGAAGUCCAAGAAGAAGAGAAAGAAAAAGAAAGAGAAGAAGAAAAGACAUGACUCAUCCUCAGAAUCAUCAUCUGAAUCGGAAUCAGAGGCCAGGUGGAAAGGAAGAGGAGAGGGAAAAAGACAGAGGCAUGACAGCUCGACAGAUGAGGAAGAUCAACACUCAAGCAGACAUGCAGAUAAGAGAAGGGACCAAGGAAGAGAAGAUGGGGUAAAAAGGAAGCAUUAUGAUAACACUGAAUCAAGGAGGGCACACCAUUCGGACAGUCACAGAAGAGCAAGGGAAGAAAUGGACCGCAGAGAGGGCAAGAAGGACAGGGACUCAACAAGGGGACAAGGAGACUACAGGACAAAGUCCCAAGAAGAUGACAAGAGUAAGAGAAGACGUCAUGAUACUGAUAGUGAGGAUGAGCAUGAGAGGGGCAAGAGUGACAGAAAUAGGUCCAGGCACAGGGACAGAGAUGACAGAAGACGGAGAGACAGGUCUUAAACUGAAAGGAUCACAAACUUUUGUUUACCUUGGACAUUUUUAAUUUUAGGAGUGGUUUUAUCCAGCAGACAGCUUGUCUAUAAUGUGCCAAAAAACAGUU